UAGAGAUAUCAUCCAAAACAUUUUUUUUCUCUAUUCACUCAUAGGUGAUAUAUUCAUUCAAACGUGUCGCCAUUUAAUUGGUCCUUCACCCUCCAAAAACUCUCCAUUUUCGUUUGAUCUCUUCACACUUGAGACCCCUCCGGAGUCCAACAAUGGACACUGCAUUGACAGCAGCAAUCACCAUGACCAACACUGUUAACGUCCUCACAACUCCCGCCUUAGCCCGUUCUUGUUGUAUCACCAGACCAAGCAUGCUUGAUCUUUAUGCCUCUAGCCCUAGAAACAGAGCUCGUCCCCUCUUUCUCACUCACUGCUCCACAAAACCAAACACAGACAGAGACAACAGAAAUUCGACCGUUGAACCCAGCUCAAAUUCGAAUUUUCAAGAAGAACCCACAAAACCCAAUUCGAAUCAACCCCUUUCUUCUCCGAAUUCAUCGUUUUCUAGAGGUUUGGUGUUCGAUUUGGGCCCCAAGAACUCUUGGGACAGUUUUGAAAUUGGGUCCCCUGUUGUGAAAAGGUACCUCAGUGAUGAGGAGGAGAGGUGGUACAUGUGGUACCAUGGAAGGUCUGAUGGAAAUCCGGGUUCGGAUUCAGUUGGUUUGGCGGUUUCAAGCAAUGGUGUUCAUUGGGAAAGAGGCGGUGGACCAGUUCGGUCGAGUGGGGAUUCGGGUUUGGUCAUGAAUUGCAGUAAAGAUUGGUGGGCAUUUGAUACACAGAGUAUCAGGCCUUGUGAGGUUGUGAUUAUGUCUAGUACAAAGGUCAGAGCAAACAAUGCUGUGUAUUGGCUUUACUAUGCUGGGUUUAGCUCUGAAAAGGUUGAUAUUUGGGAUAAUUCUGUGGAAUUCACAUUGCAGAACCCAGAAAGGGCUCGAAUUUUUAAUGGUGAGAAUGGUGGGAUUAGUAAGGUUUUUAAAUCUUUACCGGGCUUGGCAAUGAGUCAAGAUGGGAGGCAUUGGGCUAGAAUUGAAGGGGAACAUCAUACCGGGGCUUUAUUUGAUGUGGGUUCUAAUGGUGAGUGGGAUUCUACAUUUAUUGCCUCUCCACAUGUUGUCUUUCAUGGUACUGGUGAUCUUAGAAUGUAUUAUCAUUCAUUUGAUGUGGAAAAUGGUGUGUUUUCUGUUGGGAUUGCAAGGUCAAGAGAUGGGAUUAAGUGGGUGAAAUUGGGGAAAAUAAUUGGGGGAGGAGGGAAUGGUGCUUUCGAUGAAUUUGGGGUGGUGAAUGCUCAUGUUGUGAGAAAUCGGAAAGAAGGAAAAUAUAUGAUGGUUUAUGAAGGUGUUGCUGCAGACGGGGGAAGGAGUAUUGGAUUGGCGGAGUCUACAGAUGGCUUGAAGGUUUGGCGGAGAGUUCAAAGUGAGGCGGUUUUAAAGCCAUCGGAAGAAGAUGGGUGGGAUAAUAAAGGAGUGGGAUCGCCAUGUCUUGUUCAGAUGGAUGGGGUUGCAGAUGAAUGGAGGUUGUAUUAUAGAGGAAUUGGCCGAGGAGGACAGAUGGGAAUUGGGAUGGCCGUGUCUGAAGGAACUGAGAUUAGAAGUUUCAGAAGAUGGACAGGAUUUCAUGUAUAGUUCGACGACUUAUUAUUCUCAACAUGAUUUGGUAAUGAAGCCGUUGGAUGAAACAAAGCGAACUCUACUGUCUAAUUGCAAAAUUGGUUUGUGGUUGAUGGAUAAUGAUUCUUUUUUGUUUUUUGAAAUGAGCUAUAGAAUUCCAGUUCAUGACCAAGAGCUUUGAAUUUAGUCUCUCUUUUGUAUCAUUAUGUGAAUUCAAGAAUACAGUCCAUGUGGACUGCAAUAUUGCGUAGGCUUCUCAAGAUUCAGAGUCUAAAGAAUGCAUUCACUUAUGUAUCAGUUCCAAGUCAGUGAUGAGAUGAGAUUGAGAUUGGUUGAAAUAUGUGAUUUGAUAUUAUUAUCUCAAUAUGAUCUCUGUUCUUGUGUAAUUUCUCUAAAAUGUGUCUUUUCAUCAAAGGAGCAUGUGAUUCUUGUAUCUUAAA